GUUACACCCUAUUAUCUCAGUUCCAUUAUCUUUAUGCUGCCUGUGAAGUUUCAUGUGUGUGGAGGAUGGAUGGAUGGAUGGAGGCGGUGCUCCUGCAGGCAGAAGGCAGGCAGCAGGCAGGGCUGGGCAGCAGCAGCAGCAGCAACAGCAACAGACCGCAGCGGAGCGGCAGAGAAAGAUCCAGCAAGGAGGGGACAGAGUCAGACAAGCGGGAGGAGGGACAGCACUGACGAUACCGAGCGGUACCGUCGCGACAGCAUCUGUCAACAGCACGGAAACACCCAGGUUUUUUUCCCUUCGUGUUUUGCUUCACGGCUCUCGUCGGUGGCAGCCCGUCGUCACCAUGACAGCGGAAGAAACCAUAAAUGUGAAGGAGGUAGAGAUCAUCAAGGUGAUCCUGGACUUCCUCAACUCCAGGAAACUGCACAUUAGCAUGCUGGCUCUGGAGAAGGAGAGUGGCGUCAUCAACGGGCUCUACUCGGACGACAUGCUCUUCCUCAGGCAACUGGUUCUUGAUGGGCAGUGGGAUGAGGUUUUACAGUUCAUUCAGCCGUUAGAGUGCAUGGACAAGUUUGACAGAAAAAGGUUUCGUUACAUCAUUCUGAAGCAGAAGUUUCUGGAGGCUCUGUGUGUGAAUAACGCCAUGUCUGCAGAGGAUGAGCCACAGCACUUGGAGUUCACCAUGCAGGAAGCAGUCAAGUGCCUCCAUGCCCUGGAGGAGUUCUGUCCCUCUAAAGAUGACUACAGCAAACUGUGUCUGCUCCUGACGCUGCCUCGCCUCACAAACCAUGCUGAGUUCAAGGAUUGGAACCCGAGCACGGCCAGGGUGCAGUGUUUUGAGGAGGCCUGCACCAUGGUGGCGGAGUUUAUCCCAGCAGACAGGAAGCUGAGUGAAGCUGGAUUCAAAGCCAGCAAGGAUCGACUCUUCCAGCUGCUUCUCAAGGGAGUCCUGUAUGAGUGCUGUGUGGAGUUCUGCCAGAGCAAGGCGACGGGCGAAGAGAUCACAGAAAGCGAGGUCCUCCUGGGCGUCGACAUGCUGUGCGGUAACGGCUGUGACGACCUGGACCUGUCCAUGCUCUCCUGGAUGCAGAACCUCUCCCACAGUGUCUUCUCCUGCGCCUUCGAACAGAAGCAGCUCAACAUCCACGUGGACCGCCUGGUCAAGCCCGCCAAGACCGGCUACGCUGACCUCCUCACCCCGCUCAUCAGCAAACUGUCUCCAUACCCCUCCUCCCCCCUCCGCCGCCCCCAGUCCGCCGACACCUACAUGUCACGCUCCUUGAACCCGGCGUUGGACGGAUUGUCCUAUGGGCUGUCCGGCCAAGACAAGAGAGCGAGUGGUGGGGAGGCAGUUCCGGGGAAAGGGGUCUCUCCCAUGUCCCACUCGUUCGCCAACUUCCACUAUCCCGGAGCAGGAGGGCAGAGUCUGAGCAGGAGUCUCAUGAUGGAGAGCUCCGACUGCCACAGCAUCUUUGAGGAAUCCCCUGAAACGUCGAGGACAGACACGCCUGUGGAUAAAAUGAUGAGUUCAGGUGGAGCUCAGAACCUGCGUCCUGCCUCAGCCCCGGGCGAAGACGCACCGUCAGCUGGCUCUGAUGACAGGAACGAGCUUCGUGACUCCACGGAGAAGUAUGAGGAGUAUUAUCGCCAGCGUCUUCGUGUGCAGCAACACCUGGAGCAGAAGCAGCAGCAGAGGCAGAUUUACCAGCAGAUGUUGCUGGAGGGAGGGGUCCAACAGGAGCCCCCGCCCAGCGACAUGCAGCACAGCCUCACUGAGAAGUUCCUCAACAGGUCCAUCCAGAAGCUGGAGGAGCUAAAUGUGGGUAUGGAGAAUUUAGGGGAGGAGGUGAAGUCUUUGACCCAGCAGUGUAAUGGCAACGGGAACACGCCCGCCUCCGAAGACAAUAACAACCCUCCAUCUGUGACCCCGGAGCAGAGCAGGACUCAAGGGGGAGGGGUGCUCAGCAGCACCCCACAGCGCACUGUGGGGGGGCGCAUAGUCCCGCCCCUGAACGAAUCCCCCGUUGUCUCUCAAAGUGGGAAGAAACACAUGGGAGGUCAACAAGGUGACUCUCCAGGAUCCUUAUCCCAGAGUAAAGAGGGUGACAAGCCAAAAAGUCUGUUUGUGCCCGUGCACACUCUGGAAGAUACUCAGGCUAUUCGUGCCGUUGCCUUUCACCCGUCUGGAUCACUGUAUGCCGUGGGAUCCAACUCCAAAACUCUACGAGUUUGUGCUUAUCCAGAAACAGUGGACACAAGCGGUUCGAGUCCAACAAAGCAGCCAGUUGUCCGCUUCAAGAGGAACAAACACCACAAAGGUUCCAUCUACUGUGUGGCCUGGAGCCACUGCGGGCAGCUGCUGGCUACAGGCUCCAAUGACAAAUAUGUCAAAGUUCUACCUUUCAGCGCAGAGACGUGCAACGCCACAGGCCCAGACCUGGAGUUCAGCAUGCAUGAUGGAACCAUCAGAGACCUGGCCUUCAUGGAGGGUCCAGAAAGCGGGGGAGCCAUCUUGAUCAGUGCCGGAGCAGGAGACUGCAACAUCUACACCACCGACUGUCAGAGGGGACAGGGUCUACACGCGCUCAGUGGGCACACAGGUCACAUUCUGUCUCUGUAUACAUGGGGAGGCUGGAUGAUCGCCUCUGGCUCCCAAGACAAGACAGUGCGUUUCUGGGACCUCAGGGUGCCCAGCUGUGUCCGAGUAGUGGGAACCGCUUUCCAUGGCUCAGCCAUACCCCUCCUUUCUCACUCUACAGGAAGUCCCGUUGCCUCGGUAGCAGUCGAUCCGAGUGGCCGUCUCCUAGCAACAGGGCAGGAAGACAGCGCAUGCAUGCUGUAUGACAUCAGAGGAGGUCGCAUCGUGCAGGUGUACCGGCCGCACAGCAGCGACGUCCGAUCUGUCAGGUUUUCCCCCGGGGCGCACUACCUGCUCACGGGUUCCUACGACACAAAAGUCAUGGUCACCAACCUCCAAGGUGACCUGACCAAACAGCUGCCCCUGACCGUGGUGGGAGAACACGGCGACAAGGUGAUUCAGUGUCGAUGGCACACACAAGAUCUAUCCUUCCUCUCAUCCUCUGCUGACCGCACGGUCACACUCUGGACACACAAUCCAUAACACACACACACACACAGACAACCAGUUGCUAUAUUCUAAAAGACACAGCAUUCCCUUAAAACAACACUGCUCCACCUACACUAUCAACACAGUCACACCCUUUCAACACACUUGACACUUACAGCCUGAAAACACACACACACAGGUGAAUGAGCCUUUUCCUCCUGUCUGUAGGAAACCAAAUGGAUACAAACUUGUGACGCAUCAAAAGCACACAUGUUGCAUGUUCCUCCUCUGUCUUCACAUCUCUCACACUGUAUUUAUCCCCACUGAUUGUCGUCACAUUGAGGGGUAAAACAGCAGGAUCAUUCGUUCAUUAUUCUCACUUCAUCCUUUAAUCCACAUGGUGUCAUCAUCCUACAACUUCACUCCUUAAACACACCAGUUAAUUGCUGCAUGUCUGUUUCACUGAGGAGUUGUUGAGGUUAGACAGGACAGAGUGCUUUGUUCAUGAUGGUGCCUUCCUUCAGUUCUCAGUUUCCAUAACAAAAUGUUUUUUAAAAAAAAAGGAAAAAAAAGAUAAUAUGGACAUUUUUCAGGAUCAAAUUUUGUCAGUCAUUUUGAGAAAUCCUACAUUCCUUCUUUUUGCAUAUCAUUUUCGUAGAGCUGGUGUUAUGCUGCUAUAUUGUUUUGGGGAAAACACGUGGAAUUUAUGGUGUAAAAUGUAAUUUCUCAGUGUGUCAGUAGUGAGCUUUUCCUGCCAGGAGGCUGAAUCUGCAGACGUCAAAUUAUCUGUUGCCUCCCAGUGGGAUGUACCAAUGUCUAAUGUUAUUGUGUCCACUGCAUAACUACAAUUCAAAAUGUGUAAAUUAGCUUGUGCAUUCGUUUUAAAUUUGAAAAUCAGUGUUUUUGCGCUGAAGCUGUUACAGUGUCUUGCAAUGGCUUGCUUGCAAUGGAAGGUCAUUAUUAUGUCGGCAUCAAAGGGAAAUACAGUGCGUUUUUUUGGUUGAGCGCCCUAGCAUUCAUUUUAGGAUUUUCCAGUGUUUAAAAACUUGUCUGCUGCUGUAACAAAAUAACAACAGUAGGUGGCAGUCUUUGCCCAUAACAAGGGUCUAACCAUAUGCACAAUGAAAUCUGAAUGGAAGCACGGGUGUUUUGAUAUUUAUUUAGAACCAGUAUUUGGGGCAUAUGCAUUGUAUUCUUUUCUUGUAUUUUACAUGCGCACUUUGUCUUUUAACUUUGACUUACUUACAAAGAUGCAUAUUUAAGUUUUUAUGUUAAUGUAUAGUAUAUAUUGUUUUAACAAAUGAGGCCAAACUAAUACGUACAUAGAUGUAUUUAUUUCAGUUGUGUUUAUGUAUGUACAGUUAUUAGUAUGUUUUGGAAAUGCUAGUGGCUCUUGUAUUAAGCCUUUCUAAUUCUUGUUUCUAAAAGUGACUUAAAUUAAUUCAAGCUAACUCAAGUCUGACUGCUGGUACGUUCAAUAAAGUGUCUUUUACACAA